AUGCAGCUCUUGCAAGGACAGACAGAAAUCAUCCAAAAGAUCCGUGAGGCCCUCGACAAGCAUGAAGCCAAACUGGCCGAUAUCAACCACAAGAUUUGGUCAAAGCCCGAGCUGGCAUUUAAAGAGCAUAGUGCGCACGACAACAUUUGUGUAUUCUUCGAGUCUCUCGGGGGAUAUCAUGUUCAAAAGCAUGCCUAUGGCAUAGAUACUGCCUUGGAGGUCGAGUACAAGCACGGUAAUGGAGGUCGUGUGGUGGCUUUUAACGCCGAAUACGAUGCCCUCCCAGGGAUUGGGCACGCCUGUGGGCACAAUCUCAUUGCGACGAGCUCGAUUGCGGCAUUCAUUGCAACUUGCGAAACGAUGAAAUCGCUGAACCCGGGCGAUGGAGGGUAUACUGUGCGCCUGCUCGGGACUCCGGCUGAAGAGGGCGGUGGUGGUAAGCUGCUGCUCAUCAAUGCUGGCGCAUACAAAGAUGUGGAUGCCUGUUUCAUGGUCCAUCCAUUCCCAGUACUUUCUGGAAAUCCAGACCUUCUAAGUUCUAGCUGCUGCACGGGACAGUAUCUGGCCAAUGACAAGGUUGAGGUUACCUUUACUGGUAAGCCUGCACAUGCAUCGGCCGCCCCGUGGGAGGGCGUCAAUGCCUUAGAUGCCGUUGUAUCCGCAUACGUCAACAUAUCGAUGCUCCGCCAACAAAUCCUGCCCACGCAGAAGAUCCAUGGCGUUGUUCUCAAGGGCGGAGAUCGCCCUAAUGUGAUCCCUGCGUCCACCACUGUCGAAUAUUAUAUUCGUUCGGAUACUGUGAAGACUCUCAAGCCAUUGACCAAAAAGGUGCUGAAAUGUUUUGAAGCCGCUGCUACAGCUACCGGGUGCACCGUGAAGUAUGAGUGGGAGCCGGCAUAUAAAGACAUGAAGGACAACAAGCCCAUCUGCAAGAACUAUACUUCCGCUAUGAAUGCUAUGGGCUACAAGAGCAUUUUUGAUGCCGCAGGACAAGAAGGCGGACUAAGUGGUGGCUCUACUGAUAUGGGAAAUGUAUCGUAUGUCGUCCCUGGCUUCCACGGCGGAUUCUAUAUCCAAGCCGAAGGAGUCAACCACACACCUGAAUUUACCUCCGGAGCAGGCUCUCCAGAAGGAUUUAAGCGGAGUUUGUAUAGCGCGGCGGGAAUGGGAGUCGUGGCGUGCCAAAUGUUGAUCGAUGACGAAUUUGCCGCAUCAGUAAAGUCGGACUUCGACAAGGAGACUGCUCUGUGA